AAUAUCUUUUCCAUGGCUAAUUUACCUCCCUAACAAUAUACAUAAUCUUCUAAUCUUCCAUCUAAUAAUAGAGAUCCAUCAACAUAUUAAUAACCAACUUUAGGAUAAUAACAGUCUCCUUAAUCUAAUUUGCCUAUCUAAAUUACGCCUGAUAUAGGCUUACAAUACUUGCCACAAUAGAUUAUCCAAUAACCCUACUCUAGUUAACCAUUAUAAUAACCUCUUUAAACCUAACUUUAACCAACUUAGCUUGGUCUAUAAUAACCUAUUUUUGGUUAAUCCUAAAUAUAAUAAGUUGUCUAACAACCAUAAGAAGGAAAUGUUGUAAAAGGUUAGUCAAGAAUAGAAUACAUUCCAUAUGAAAGAACAAUUACAGAAUAUGAAGAAGUAAGAAGAUAAGUCCAAGUUCCAAUUACUAAAUAAGUCACCGAUUAUUAUGCAGUCUAAUAUGAUAUUGAAUACAUUCCUUAAGUGAUUCAAGAAAAACAAAUUGAGUAUGUACCAGUUGAGAGAGUUGCAGAAAGGACUGAAUAUUAUACCAUUGAAAAGUAAAAUGUCAUAUAACAAGUAAAUAUAAUUAUAUACUAAUAGCCAAUUGGAUAUUCAUAGUCUUAAGUACAAACAAAUUAUUUGUCUGAACAAUUUUAAUAUAAUCAAAUAAAUUAACUUCAACCAGCAAUUGUUUAUGAUCCAUAAUUUCAAUAAACUCAAGUCUAAACAAGAGAUGUCAUUUAAUAUCCAGCCACACAAUAAUAGCAAUAUAUUUAAUAACUUCCAGUUUAACAAUCAGUCCCAUUAAAAUAACCAACUACUUAAGCAUAAUAUAUGACAACUCAAUAUUAACAAUAUACUAGUCCUAUUGCAAUUCAAUAACCCUAAUAUUAAAUAUAAUAAGUAUACUUUUAUUUUAUGUAAAUAUAGACUGUCCCAUUAAAUUAUGGAUAAUAAUUUUAAUCACCUUAAAUUUAAUCACCUCCUAAAUAACCAAUUACUGCAACAACCAUACCAUAAGGAUAUUCUGUUCAAGCUUAAUCAAUUCCCUAAUAAUAUUCAAUUUAUGGUUAAUAAACAAUUAAUUAAUCAGUUUAAUAACAAUAGCCAACUCUAUAAACUAAGCCUUAAUAAUAAUUGACUUAAACUACUACAUAAUAAAAUCCAUAACUAUAGUAGACUGUUAGUCCUAAUUAAGUAAAUAUUAAAAUUAUAAAUUAAGUUUGCAUAGUCUGUUCCUUAAUAAUAACCUAUUCAAUAGGAUCUGGGUAGAACAAGACCAUAUUAACAAUAAUAAUAAUAAUAAUAUUAAUAAUAAUAACCAUAAUAAUAAUAAUAACCAUAAUAACAAUAAUAACAAUAAUAAUAAGGUGUUCCUUAAAAGCCUAAUAAAGAAAAAUCCUUUUUAGAAAAAUUAUUCGAUUGA